AUGGCCGCCGUUGCCCAGAAACUCCUUGGACGACUUGGUACGCUCGGCGUUGCAGUUGCGAUCGGAGGUGGCGUCGCGCAGAGCGCUCUUUAUAACGUUGAUGGUGGCCAGCGCGCUGUGAUUUUCGACCGAUUUGCUGGAGUGAAGGAUGCCGUCGCUGGGGAAGGCACCCACUUCUUGAUCCCGUGGGUCCAGAAGCCGAUCAUCUUCGAUAUCCGCUCGACCCCCAGAGCUGUCUCCACCAUCACUGGCUCCAAAGAUCUCCAAAACGUUACGAUCACUCUUCGCAUCCUGCACCGCCCAGACCCCUCCAAGUUGCCGAGCAUCUACUUGAACAUUGGCCUCGACUAUGCCGAGCGCGUUCUGCCCUCCAUUACCAAUGAAGUGCUCAAGGCUGUUGUGGCUCAAUUCGACGCCCAUGAAAUGAUCACCCAGCGCGAGUUGGUCUCUCAACGUGUCUCCGUCGAGCUUUGCCAACGCGCUGCUCAGUUCGGUCUUCUCCUAGAUGAUAUUUCAAUUACCCAUCUUGGCUUCGGAAAGGAAUUCACGGAGGCUGUUGAAGCCAAGCAGGUCGCGCAGCAGGAUGCCGAGAAAGCUAGGUAUCUCGUAGAGAAGGCUGAGCAGAUGAAGAAAGCCGCCAUCACUUCUGCAGAAGGUGACGCGCAAGCCGCUCGACUUAUUGCCAAGGCGUUCGCUGAGGCUGGCGAAGGACUCGUUGAGCUUCGAAAGAUUGAAGCCGCCGAAGACAUCUCGAAGAAAAUGGCUGGCAGCAGGAACGUCGUCUUCCUCCCCGGCAAUCAAAGCACUCUCCUGAAUCUCCCCAUGAAU